AGCCGGCUCUGCCAGGGCCAGAGGAGCCCCUGCAACAGCUCCGGGGAGCUCGCCUGGCCGUGCCCUGAGAACGCCGCCUGUGCCCCGGAUGGCCCCGGCCUCAUCCAGUGCCUCUGCUCCAGCCCCUUCCACGGCUACAAGUGCCUGCGCGAGGGCACGUUCCCCGUGCUGCUCUUCUGCGGGAUCCUGGGAGCCGUCACCCUGGCCCUGGCACUGCUGCUGUGGGGCACCCAGCGCCGGAAAGCCAAGACCCCCUGA